GCCACCACGUGACAAGUUCGAAAUUCGCCUUGGACCUUCUCCGAGUCUGCAACCAUCUCCUACCUGAGUAAUCUCCUGCCUGAGUGAGUAGUACUUACCAGGUCCUACAAGUGCCAUACCAACCCACUUUAUGAACGUUCACCAAGUCUGAAAAUGACUUCUUUGGGUUCUCUAACGGAGUUUGUUGCCUCUCAGGAUGAACUUCUUCGAGAAGCAGCUCUGACUCUUCCGCACGAAUUCUCUCGCUGCACGUACUCCCUAGGUCCAAUCAGGCAAGCCGUAUAUCUUUGCCUCACUUGCCAGUUACCGCGCGGCCUCUGUUCUUCUUGCUCCAUCGCGUGCCACACGGAUCACGAGCAAAUAGAAUUAUUCCCCAAGCGCAAUUUCCGAUGUGAUUGCCCAACAACCGCUAUCCCACACGGGUGCACUUUGCAUCGCAGCCCAGAGGACGAAAACAAGGAAAAUUCAUACGACCAGAAUUUUAGGAGUAUUUUUUGUCGGUGUGGCAGACCAUACGAUCCGAAAUGCGAGAGGGAAACAAUGAUCCAGUGUCUCGCAUGCGAGGACUGGUUCCACGAGUCGUGUCUACACCUGCGGACACGACCAUCGUCGCGUGAAGCGUCUCCUGUUCCUGAAAAUGCAGUCACAAACCACGAUAAUGAUCCCGAUGACAACCAGUCUGAAGCCUCCUCUUCAGGGCUACCUCCGCCGCUCAUAUCUGCUGAGGACUACGAUGCAUUCGUCUGUUCCUCGUGCGUACGUUCGAUUGAUACCCUUCGCCGGUAUGCUGGUACCCAAGGUGUCAUAAUGGUGGUUCGCGAUGCAGAAGAUAGUCCAUGGAAGAAACUAGGCGGUAACCCUUCAGGCGCUGAUGCGCCGACAAACACGGAAGAUGAAUUGCUAGAUAUAGAUGAUUCAUUGGCAGCCCCUGGGCAAAAACGUAGCCGGUCGCAUUCUAUCCACUCCCAGGAACCGGAGCGGAAAAAACAACACAUUUCGCUAGAGCCAUCCUCGCCUUGUCUUGCCCCCGCACCAAAUCCGACUGCCCAAGCAAUAUUCCAAGGCUCACAGCAACAGUCAGACACAAAAAUAACUCUGACGGAGGGUGACGUUUUUUUAACUGAGGGUUGGCGCGAACGGUGGUGUCGAUGCAGUCGUUGUUUUCCAUCUCUCAGCAACCGUCCGUAUCUCCUUGAGGAAGAAGAAACUUACGAGCCUCCGGAAGAUCCUGAUUCGGCUCUUUCAUUGGAGGAACUUGGUAUGCGUGCAUUGGAACGCCUUCCUCGUGAUAGAGCGAUUGAUGGGAUUCGAGCGUUCAAUGAUAUGCGGGAUGACCUGCUCGCGUAUCUCCGGCCGUUUGCUCAAGAAGGCAGAACAGUUGGCGAAGCUGACGUCAGGCAGUUCUUUGACACAUUGCACGAAAGCAAGCACGGUUCUUGAUCGUGCCACCCAUAGCAUUUCGUGUUUCAUCAGGUAUUAUUUCUGUUGUUCACGUACUCACUUGUAACAGUUUUUGUAUUACGCCUGAGGUUGUCUGGCCGAGUCCUUGCUCCCUAGUAUUGAACACGGGAUUUACCUUGAGCUUCGAUAUCACCUUUGUUGAAAACGGCACAAAGCCGCUUUCGAUGUCCACCGG